CGCGCGAGUCGAGCAGUGGACGCGCCAUGCGAGACAGCGCUAUCUGACUGUGUCUGCCAGUGACCUGUGACCAUGACAGUGGUGCGCCUCAGUGUGGCCGUGCUGGCCCUCGCCGCCCUCCUGCCUCCCUCGCUCUGCCAGGAAUCCUUCGCGAGCUCCCUGCUGUCCGGUCUACUAGACACCCUGGACACGCAGAUGGAGGCUAAGAACUGCCCGGGCACGUGCAUGCACGCGCUAGCAGCGCUGCUGUGUAAUGACGUGCUGGAGGAGGUCGAGUGUCCCAGCCCUUCCAUGAAGUGCUGUGCUGACGAGAAGAGCAAUGAGACCCUGCCGACGACGCAGCGGCCGCGACCGACACGACACACGACAGUGUCGGACGACGACUACGACGAGCCCACCACGCAGCCGCCGCAAGACAAAUACAAAAACAGUGGUAACAUCGCUUGCCCAGGAGUAUGUGUGGAAGCCCGGCUGUCUCAGUACUGCGAGGCGUACCUGAACUCCCCAGACCUGUGUGUCAAGGGCCGGCUGUGCUGCGUCUCCAAGGACAACUACGGAGACAGGCCUCCUCCCGACCUCGUCGUACCCAAUGAAAAGAAAUAUUCUACUAAGAGACCUACUACUGCGCUCACAACAACGCCUGCUCCGAAGCAGAGACCCGGCCACAAGUGUCGCGGGGAUUGUAUAUCGGGUCUGUUCUCCUUGCUCUGUGACAACGUGGAUGAGGAUGCUGUGUGUCCUGGCGAGGGUGUCUGCUGCAUCACCGAGAACAAAGCGGUCGAGACCACCACCAGGCGACCGACCACGCCUAGACCUACUACACCUCCCCCUCUACCACGUUGUCCGGGACACUGCAUGCACAACAUUAUGGCGGCCUUCUGUAACCCGCCAGCUGUGAUCCUGCAGCGCACUGAGUGUAACGCCGAGGGAUGGGUCUGCUGUGACAAUACCAGAGUGCCACCACGUACGACGCGGCGUCCGACCACGACUACCACGACCACCACCACGACUCCAGCGCCAGCAGACCCUCGGCCCGACUGUCCUGGCUCCUGCAUCGUCUCAUUACUCUCCUUCACUUGCUUCCGAAACGCAGAAAUGACGGACGUUUUCAAAUGCAAGAAGGCAGGCACUCAGUGCUGCGCUCCUAAGUCCAAGGUGCAAGAAGUGGUGGGAGGUCGACCAGCCAAUGAGACCGCUCCGUUACCGCUGCCACAACCAGCGACCAAUUACCAGCACUACACCACGGCACUUGCGCACACGCAUACCACGCCUAUUGGUGAUUCUCAAAAUAACGUUCUAAUUAGCCAAAUUGAACCCCCGUAUGAACCGAGCUAUGGUACAACGUUGUCGUCUACUGAGAAAUACAAUAAAUACGUGUGCGGAGUCAAAGGCACUACAGCCAGGUCAGGUAGACGAGCAGGCCGCGUGAUGGGAGGUGAGGACGGCGAGCGAGGCGAGUGGUGCUGGCAGGUGGCGCUGAUCAACUCACUCAACCAGUACCUGUGUGGCGCCGCGCUCAUUGGCACGCAGUGGGUGCUCACUGCCGCCCAUUGUGUUACCAACAUCGUCCGUUCUGGCGACGCGAUCUACGUGCGCGUUGGAGACCACGACCUGACGAGAAAGUAUGGGUCUCCUGGCGCCCAGACCCUCAGGGUAGCUACAACGUACAUCCACCACAACCACAACAGUCAGACCUUGGAUAACGACAUCGCGUUACUGAAACUACACGGCAAAGCUGAACUUAAAGAAGGAGUUUGCUUGGUAUGUCUGCCGGCGCGAGGAGUGAGCCAUGCAGCUGGCAAGCGGUGCACUGUCACUGGGUAUGGGUACAUGGGAGAAACGGGUCCAAUACCUCUCCGCGUCCGUGAGGCCGAGCUCCCAAUAGUGAGCGACGCGGAAUGCAUACGCAAAGUGAACGCAGUCACGGAGAAGAUCUUCAUACUACCCGCCAGCUCUUUCUGUGCAGGCGGAGAACCAGGCAACGAUGCCUGCCAGGGUGACGGUGGAGGCCCCUUAGUUUGCCAAGACGACGGUUUCUACGAACUCGUGGGGCUGGUGUCAUGGGGCUUCGGAUGCGGGAGACAAGAUGUCCCAGGCGUCUACGUCAAAGUGUCUUCCUUCAUCGGCUGGAUCAACCAAAUCAUCUCCGUCAAUAACCUAUAGUACAUCACUGAACAAUACUAGGUUUUCUAAAUUGAGGUCCUAAAAUUAUUAUUUUGGUUUUAUAUUGCCAAAAUUGAUUAUUGGGGGCCUUUUUAUAAACAAUUAAGCUUGAUGGAUCGUCACCGUACGUAGCUGCGUACGCGCAUGGUGUUCAGUCGAAGUGAGUUUUGGGGUAAAUAAACUCACUUGAUAAUGUGUCGGUAAAAAAUUAGGGGAAUGUUUUUAUGAAUUUUGGCGACUUAGUCAUAUAAUUUUGACUCAUAAUAUUUAAUAGUUUUGUUUUGUUUUAAGAGCCAUAUUAAAAAAUGUGCGCUUUUAUGAUCAUGGCAAGUCAUAGUCUAUUUUAUUUUAGUAUUUUCAAAAAUUCUGCACAAAUUUCGUGAAAAUCAAUAGAUGAACAAAAAUUAUUAUUAUCUUUUAGAAGCAUUUCAUAGAAUUAGUUCGUAACUAUAGUAAAAUGACUGUAUAUCUGCAUUUAAAAUAAUAUGUAUUAUUAAAUUAUAAUAACUAUUUCUGCACAUGGUACGACAUCUAUCGGCUAUGUUGCAAUGUAAAUAUUUAAACACUUUCUUAGUUCGUAAGUUAUUUAUUUAUUUUUAGUUUUUAUGUUAAAUAUUUAUUUUUUACCCACCCAUCUCUCAGUCAAGGUAAAUUCGAAUUUAUUUUCCAAAAUUGCACUGUCUUUUUUAAGUUAUCAUGGUUUUAAGGCUUUCUAUUUUAAGCACAAUUAUUAAUAUCGACAGUUUUGCGAGAAAUGGUGUUAAUUUAGGAAUAAUAUCGAAGUGGCAUUACAUUUUAAUAUCUAAUAGGAUGGCGUUUGACUACCGUCUCGCAUUCGCUUCUAAAUAAUGAAAAAAGUUAAAAUAUAGGACUAAGAAAAUUUAAUUAUGACAAUAAGUUUUUUUUUAAAAUUUAAAUUGGGUCAUAUGUAUCAGUUCAGUAGAAUAUUUAUUGUGAAAUUAAAGUAGAAAGCCUUGCAAAAACAUAAAGUAUAUCGUUCCAUUACGUAAUAGUAACUUAUUCUAGUAAUAAAACAGUUAAUAUUAGUUUUAGUACGAAAAACCAAACAAUAUUAUAUUUUAUAUUAUACAUACCUACACAACUUAGUAUUUUAGAUAUUUAUACAUUUACUCGAAUAGCUCUCGCUUUGCAAAAACCUUAAUUUUAAUGCAGCAAAGGCUAUAUUUAAUUGUAUUGUUGUACCAAAAUAUUCCCGAUUUUUAAAGUGUAAGUAAUUUCGUGGGCACUGACAGGUUAUUUAUUAUUUUAUGUACACAAGGCUAUGCUAUUUAAAUACAAAAAAAAUGUGUCUUUUUCGUAAAAUAUCCAGCCAUAUUGUCGGAUUAUAGAUUAAACUAUUUAUUUUUAGUUUUAUCUCUGAUGACACCAGUUUUUUGGUACUUUAUUUUAAUACAUCAAUGCAAUAUUUUCGUUUGUUAUAAGAUUCUAGUUAUAAAUGUCCCUGUAAAGUCAAUUACACAUAAAUAUCGUGUUAUAAGCAUAAUACAGAUUAUUCUUCUUGGGUUUAUGAAUUCUGGUGAAAUCAGCUCUUGACGAGGUUGUAAAUAUUAUUGAGUUGUUAUUCAGACUGAUUUGAUGUUGUACGAAUUUUAUACUGACGAAGUUAGGCUUUCGUUUUUUAUGGGAUAGGCUGGUCAAGUAGACGUCUCACCUGAUGGUAAGCAACCGCCCAUGGACACCGUAAUACCCGAGGUCUUGCAGGUCCGUUGCCAGCCUUUUGGGUAUUAGGGAAUUGGGAAAAAUGGGAGGGGAGGAAUUGGACCUCCAGUAACUUUAGUCACGCGGCGAAAUACAACGCAAACAUUGUUUCACGCCGGUUUUCUGUGAGGCCGUGGUAUUACUCGUUCAUGUAAAUUAUCGUGUACACAAAUCAGUCUGAUUGCAGCGCUCAGGUACUUGUAAAUGUAAGUACUCUAUAUACUAAUAAAUACGACGAAAUUA